AUGCUUUCUUCUCUGCUUCUGGCUCUUUUGCCCAUUGUUCUCGCUGCCCCAACGGUCCAGCGCGCCGAGCCUGCUCCUCUCCAUGCCGCCAAGGACAGCAGCGCCGCCAUCCCCGGCAAGUACAUUGUCAAGUACAAAGCGGGCAGCAAGCCCGACGCGUCCAUCAUGGCCGAAAGCGCCGACUACAUCUACAGCGAUGUGAUGCACGGCUUUGCCGGCUCGCUCGACGAGGCGGCGGUCCAGGAGCUCCGUAGCCAUCCCGAUGUCGAGUACAUUGAGCAAGACAGCGUCGUCAGCCUGUCCGCCUUUACCACGCAGCCCAACCCCCCCUGGGGCCUUGCGCGCAUCUCGCGCCGAAAGAACAAUGACAGCAGCAGCACCACCACCACCACCACCGGCUACCGGUACGACCGGAGCGCCGGCGCCGGCACGUGCGUGUACGUGCUGGACACGGGCAUCGACGACAGCCACCCCGACUUUGACGGCCGCGCCAAGCAGGUCAAGAGCUUCUUCCCCGACCAGCACCGGGACGGCCACGGCCACGGCACCCACUGCGCGGGCACCAUUGCCAGCACCACCUACGGCGUGGCCAAAAAAGCCAGCGUCUACGGCAUCAAGGUCCUCAGCGACUACGGCUCGGGUACCUGGUCGGGCAUCAUUGCCGGCAUGGACUACGUCGUGACCGACUCGCGCGGCCGCUCGUGCCCCAAGGGCGUCUUUGCCAGCAUGAGCCUCGGCGGCGGCUACUCGCUGGCCGUCAACGACGGCGCCGCCGAGCUCGUUGCGAGCGGCGUCUUUGUCGCCGUUGCCGCGGGUAAUGAGAAUAGCGACGCCGCCUUUGUGUCGCCGGCCUCGGAGGAGACUGUCUGCACCGUCGGCGCGACGGAUGCAAAGGACGUGCGCGCCAGCUUCUCCAACUACGGCAGCAUCGUCGACAUUUAUGCUCCCGGUGUCGGCAUUGUGUCUCUGGUUCCCGGCGGUGGCGUUAGAUCCAUAUCUGGCACCUCUAUGGCCACUCCUCACAUUGCCGGUCUUGCUGCCUACAUCUCUGCUCUCGAGGGUGGCAUUGCUUCCGAGCUCUGCAGCCGCCUCCAGGCGCUCGCCUCGCCCGGCAUCGUCACCGGUCUUCCGGGAGUCAGCACUGGUCUGCUUGCUUUCAACGGAAACCCUUCUGGCUAA